GCUGUCUUCAAAACUGUUGCCUGAGAUGGAAGUGGAGGACAACUCCAAGAGGGAGCAGUUGCUUCUUGGGAUGCAAAACUUGCCAUUAUCUUCACAAAUUGAGAAGUUAAAGGCUAGAAUUGAUAUGAUUGGAGCAGCUUGUGAAAGUGCAGAAAAAAUGAUAGCUGACAUGCGUAAAGCCUAUAUGUUUGGAACCCGUCAAGGGCUGACAAUUGCCCCAACUUUGGAUAAGGGUCAGGCUGCAAAAAUUCAAGAACAAGAGAAUUUACUUCGAGCUGCUGUAAAUUAUGGCGAAGGAUUACGAAUACCAGGAGACCAAAGGCAGAUCACACCUGCACUUCCAUCGCAUUUGGUGGAUGUGAUCACUGUAGGUGAUGGAGUGCAAAGUUUUGCUGAUGCAUCUGGAAUGUAUUCAAAGAAUACCCCUGUGUCAUCAAAUAACAUCAGUGGACAGGGCACUUUGUUGCAGGCUUCUGCACCACAACUUAUUGAAAGAUCAGCUGCAUCUCCUAGUGCCACAACUGCUACUUCCUUUGAUAACACAACAACAUCUCCACUACAAUAUGCCAAUUCUCCUAGGUCAGGUACAAACAUGAUGAACACACCAUCUCCUCAGCAACAUACCCCUCAGCAACUGCAGCAGCAACAACAACAGCAGCAGCAGCAGCAGCCAAGGCAGAAACUGAUGCAACUACCUCAGCAUCAGCAGCAGCAAAUCCUUGCACAGCAACAGUUCAGGCAAUCUGCAAUGCAAGGACUGGUACAGGUGAGGAAUAAUACUACAAUAUAUGAUUUUGAAGUGGUUGCAUCUUUUAGUUGAUUCAAUAAACAAUAC